AUGGCAGCCUCCAGUGUUUUUAAUUUCAACGUUGGAGUUUUAGGGCAUGUUGACAGUGGGAAGACGAGUUUGUGUAAAGCUUUGAGCACUGUUGCAAGCACAGCGUCGUUUGACAAAAACCCACAAAGUAAAGAAAGGGGAAUAACUUUAGACCUUGGCUUUUCAUCUUUCCACGUGGACAUACCGGGACAUCUACAAUCUGCUAGUGCUAAGCACGAUAAACUUCAGUUUACUCUCGUAGAUUGCCCAGGCCAUGCGUCUCUGAUUAGAACAAUUAUCGGAGGUGCCCAGAUCAUUGAUCUGAUGAUGUUGGUGGUGGAUGUGAUCAAAGGAAUGCAGACCCAGACGGCCGAGUGUUUGGUGAUUGGCCAGAUCACCUGUGAGAAAAUGGUGGUGGUUUUAAACAAGGUCGACCUCCUACCAGCCGAGAAGAGAGAAGCCAUGGUGGAAAAGAUGACUAAGAGGAUGAUGAAAACCCUGGAAGGGACAAGGUUUGCUGGGUGUCCUGUUAUCCCGGUGGCUGCUAAACCAGGAGGAACAGAGGCUGACGAAACUGAAGCUAUGGGGGUGGCGAAGUUGAUUGACACUCUGAAAGCACAGACCUACCUCCCCGAGAGGAAUCCCAAUGGGCCAUUCAUUUACUCAGUAGAUCACUGUUUUUCUAUCCGUGGUCAAGGCACGGUGAUGACCGGAACUGUCGUCAGUGGAAGCAUUUCAGUGAAUGAUACAGUGGAAAUCCCUUCGCUCAAGGUCACAAAGAAGGUCAAGUCAAUUCAGAUGUUCAAGAAACCUGUGGACAAAGUUAUACAGGGGGACCGUUGUGGAGUGUGUGUGACCCAGUUUGACCCCAAACUUCUGGAGCGGGGUUUAGUGUGUACCCCAGGAGAGUUACCCACCAUUGAGGCGGCCAUAAUCAGUAUCGACAAAAUUCCAUACUUCAAAGGAACUGUCAGCAGCAAAGCAAAAUUCCACAUAACAACUGGGCAUGAAACAGUGAUGGGGAAAGUAUUUCUGUUUGGUUGGGAUAUUGGUGCGGAAACAGGUGGAAAAAAUGAGUCUGAGGAUUUAAAAGGACAAAAAUUUGAUUUUUCGAAGGAGUAUUCAUAUUGUGAAGUGUUAAGAGGAAGUUCAGACAAAAAAUUGAUGACAGGUGCGGCAGCAAAUGAAGAUCAUGAAACUGGAAAGGUCAUGGCACAGUUUGCUUUGGUGGAGUUUGAAAAACCAGUCACAUGUCCCAAAUCCUGCCUCGUAAUUGGUUCAAAACUAGACACAGACAUUCACACCAACAUGUGCCGUAUUGCAUUCCAUGGGGCCAUUUUGGUAGCCGUUGAGGCCACUGACUAUAGAAAGACAGUUUUGCCGAAGUUGAAAGUUUUCAAGUACAAAUCACGAGAGGGCCUAGUGGAACGAGUCACAGAUGAGUACACUAUCAUCGGCAAGAAUCUUUUUAAAAAGGAAACGAACAUUCAGGUAUUUGUGGGAUUGAAGGUGUCUUUGUCGAGUGGCGAAGAAGGCGUCAUCGAGGGAGGAUUCGGGCAAAGCGGCAAGUUUAAAAUUAGAAUUCCAAAUGGGGUAUUACCAUCAACAAAGGAACGGUACGCUGGAGUAGGGAAGAAAAAAGGGAAAGGGAAGAGUGAGGAGCCGGCCAAUCAGAGUGACGAUAGUACAACCCAGGAGCCAAUCAAAAUCAUCCUGAAAUUCAAACGUUAUGUCUAUGAUCCUGAAAAGAAGAUGAUUCAAACGUGACAAUCAUUCAAAAAUGUUUUAAUUUUUUCUCUUCUAUUAUGUACAAAGUACAUUUACAUGUAUAUAAAAUUAUGCGCAUUAAUGUAAAGCAGUAAGUGCUAAGAAUAUAUGUACUGUAAUUCUUCAACUUUUUCGCAUGUUUACAGGGUGUUUACUCAAGGAUAUUCUGAAGGCAAUGUUCAGUGUAGACUGAUAAAAUUAUACUUUUUGUGAAUCUCUGAAAUUGGACAAUCCAACAAAUGGAGUUUUGUCUCCAAAAUCAAAUUAAAAAUAUGAAUGAAUUAAAAUGAAAGUUGCUCUUUCAUCUGCAAAAGGAUUGAUUAAUUAGAGUACAUGGACAUAUGUGUGUACAUGAUAUUUAUGGACAUAUACUUACAUAUUUGUUUCAACAUCUUCGCAUGUAAUUAUGGUAUAAAAGAAUUGUCCCCUUGUAGCU